AGGUUGACAUCUGACAAAUCGACAAUGAUUUCGUGGCUGAGACAAACAAUUUAACAAAAAAAACACAAUCUAAUUAGUCUAUUUUAUCAUUUAUACAUUCCAUUUCAAUAACAAAUAAACGAUAAACAAUGGGAGUGGCUAUAAGCCGAUAUUCAGACAUAUCAUCAAAUGAACUGCUUGCCCGAUUUUGCUCUUCCGAAAUUAUCUGCCCAAAUGAUCCAUUUUGGAAUCAGUUGUUGGCUUUUAACAUUCAGUUGCCAAAUAAUACGGAUGAGCAACUGAUAUUUGACUCAAGCACAGAGGCUCUCUUACAGAAGUUCUUACAAAACAAUUUACAGACUGGGAACUUGGGCUCUCUAGUUCAGGUUUUUAUCACAAGAGCCACUGAACUAUUGGCAGCACCUAAUAGUGACAAUGUAAUGCUAGCAUGGCAGACAUUCAAUGCAUUGUUUGUGAUACGUGCGGUGAGCAAAUACCUUGUUGAAAUAGUACCAGAGUAUGAGCUGUGUAGACAUCUGGAUGUUAAUGCAGUACGCGCAGCCAAUGGUCCCGUAGAUGUUGGGGAUACUGGUACACCGCCACCCGGGCAACCAGGCCCGGAGACUCCAGAAUCACCAACCCCACCUACAUCAACACCGACCCACGCUCCUGAAGCCCCCGCCUCACCCAAGUUGACGGUCAGCGAGAGCCGAGUUGAAAUGUUGGUAGAUGCCCUUAUUGGAAUUAUAAUUGAUGUUCCUGUCACGGAUAAUACAUAUUACUUACAUUUGGAGUGUAUAAAUACACUUUUAGUGCUGAUGUCAGUGUAUAUGUUUGCCGGAGUCCAUGGACAAACACGGCUUGUGGAGACCUCACUUAUAUACAGAACGCUUUUUCAAGGUCGUUACGGCAUGCACGCGCCAUUGCUAGUGAAGACUUUACUAGUGAACUUAUCCAACAUGGCGCCCGCUCCACCCAACAUGUUUGGCACAGGGACUGGAGAUAGUCUUCUAGUUAAUUUAGCAUCUGGUCUCUGGAGCAUGCUACGUCUAGGCGGAGGCGUGCGUCAGACUAUCUACAGCCAGCCAGCACUGGACCGGCGCGAGUUACUGGAUCGAUUGCGGCGCGAGCAUGGAGUCGCCAACCAGUCCUGUCUGCUGCUGCUGGCGCUGGCCAACCACUGUAUGACGCAGGACAAUUUGUACAGGAACGCAUUACUAUGCUGUGAGGAUACUGCAGAAACUUCAACAACGACACCACAGCGCGAUUCUAGCGGCGGUGCUCAAGUCACACCACCUCGGAUAGAUAUGGCAGCGUUACACAAGGCGUUGAGUGCGACUGCGGGGUGCGAGCACUCCACACUGCUGCUGUACCUGAUGCUGCACUCAUGCAAGGCAUACAAGCGACACAUCACCACAGUCGCUAAUAUUGAAGACCUAAUAGUGCCCAUCCUGCAAGUGUUGUACAACGCUCCUGACAGCAAUUCUCAUCACAUCUACAUGUCUCUCAUAGUCCUGCUUAUUCUUACUGAAGACGACUCUCUUAUCAAGAAUGUACAUCUUAUUAUGUUGAAGAAUCUAACAUGGUAUACAGAGCGGUCGAUAUCAGAAAUAUCAUUAGGAGGUCUGAUGGUGCUGGUGGUGGUCCGCGCGCUGCAGUACAACAUGGCGCGCGUCAGAGACAAGUAUCUGCAUACUAAUUGUCUGGCUGCCAUCGCUAAUAUGAGCUGUGAAUUCAGAAAUCUACAUCCAUAUGUUGCCCAAAGAAUAGUAUCAUUAUUUGAAACAUUAACGAAAAGAAGAUCAAGACUGUGUAGUGAAAUAGAAGGUGGAGAUAUAAAUACUUUAGAAUUGCCACAUCAUGCAGAAGAAAAAACUGAAGAGGUUAUGGACCAUAUAGCAGUACUGGACGAGGUAAUCCGGAUGCUGCUGGAGAUCAUCAACUCAUGUCUGACACACCAGCUGCCCUCCAACCUGAACCUGGUGUACGCGCUGCUGCACAAGCGACACCUCUUCAACCACCAGCAUCAUCAGCAUCAUCAUCACAUCGCACAGAACAUUGAGAUGGUGAUAGGAUAUUUCUCGACGCGUCUCCAGCGGGUGCAGGAGGGUGCGGGCGGUGACCUCGGCGUCACUGAAGUCCUGCAGUGCAUCAAGAAGGGCGCAGAGCAAUGGUCCAGUGACAGGCUAAAGAAAUUCCCAGAUUUGAAAUUCCGUUAUGUAGAAGAGGAGAGACCGGAGGAAUUCUUCACGCCGUACGUUUGGGGUCUGAUAAGCAGCUGUGGGGGUGUGUACUGGGCGAGCGAGUGCGGCGCGAGGGCUGUUGGAGACCUCUUAUGCUGAUUGAAGAAACCCAUGUAUCUAUUUAACUACGAAUGGUUGUAAUGGACCCUUACGUUUGAAGUAAACAUGCUGAGCAUUCAACGUGUUGAAACUCUUUAUCUCUCUCGUGUCAGUUGUACUGGGGGCAGAAAAAACCUGCCCAAUAGUUCGAGUAAUAAUUGUACACGUAAAAGGCGUCAUGAGAAAUGUUAAAUAACAAUGGAAAAACGCAUUAAAUUCGUAUAUUUUAUAGAUUUUAAUCGAGUGUAGGUCGAUAAAUGUCAAUCCUGUCAAGCCUCUGUUCAUCAUCAUCAGCUCACUAUACGUCCCCAUCGAGGGGCUCGGAGCCUACCCUAAGUUAAGGGUGAAGCCUCUGUUGAUAAAACUAAAUUAUUACGGAAUUUAAAACAAAUAUCUUCAUUCUUGUCGUUUUUAAUCAAGUCUCAAUUUAUUUAUAAAUUGAAAAAUGCAUCUAUAUAAUUAUAGACUGUAAUUUACUACAUAAAUGAAUUAAAAACAAAAACUUGUAAUGUCAUAUUGUUGUGGGUUAAGACAUUUUCUUGU